UGUCCUUUCGUAGAGAUGGUUCUGAUAAAAUUAAACAAAAAGGAAAAUUAAACAAGAAAAUCGUUCUCGUAUCGUAUUCGUAGACAACAAAAGGAGUGAUCCAAGAAAGAAGAAUAAAAAUAGAAAACCAAAAAUCUCAUUUGGCCUCCUUUGUCUUCUGAUCUAUUACUUUCAAUUUUGGUCCAAAAGGAAAGAAACAAUGUCUCAAGGAACUCUCGAAGUCCUUCUUGUUGGUGCUAAGGGUCUUGAAAACACUGAUUUUCUCAAUAACAUGGACCCUUAUGUCAUCCUCACUUGCCGUAGUCAGGAGCAAAAGAGCAGUGUUGCUUCAGGGAAAGGGUGCGAACCAGAGUGGAACGAGAAUUUCAUUUUUACCAUAACAGAGGGUGUCACAGAACUUGCCUUGAAAAUCAUGGACAGUGAUGCUGGUUCUCAGGAUGAUUUUGUUGGAGAAGCCACCAUCCCACUUGAACCACUGUUUCUGGAAGGCAGCGUACCAUCAACAGCGUACAAUGUAGUCAAAGAUGAAGAAUACAAGGGAGAGAUUAGAGUUGCCCUCACCUGCAAACCAGAGGAUCGCCGGAGUCGUGGUUUCCAGGCGGAGGAGGAAAGCUGUGGAGGAUGGAAACAGUCUGAAGCAUCUUAUUAAGUACCUUGCUCUUGGGAAUGGCAAUAAAUAGGCACUUUUGCCCAUUGAUUCUCUGGUUUAAAUGUCGUGUUUUUGAGAACAUAUUUUGAGGUUCCCAUUGUCAUUGUGGCUUGAGAAGCUUUUGAUAUUGUAGAAGAUUUGGAUUUCUGUCUGGCUCUAGUAUAAUCAAUUUCCCAUUUGCCCCUUUGCAAUUCAAGAUUAAUAUAGAACUGUUGCAUCUGA